AUGGAUCCAAAACUGGCCAAAGAACUAGUCAAAACCAGGAAAGCGGUUAAACAAAAGUAUCUCACACUUAAAUCAGAUAUUGCAGCAACGGAAAGGGAAUUACAGCAACAGUUUAAGCCGAUCUCAGAACCGCUGCAAAAACUCUUAUCAAAAGUUGAAGCACCUAAACAAGAAUUGCAGAUCAAAGAAGAACAAUCUACACCCCCAUCAGUGACAUCCACACCGAAGAAACGACAAUCAUUCAAUAAACAAUUAUCAGAAAAUGUAUACCAACGAUAUUUACCACCUGUCAACUACAGCUUUCUCGAGGAUACAUAUUCAAACCUUCCGGAGCCAAAUCGCAGUCAAGAUGUAUCUACCGUUGAAGAAUUUACUCCAAAUGCUACGGUGUGGAGGCAGAAAACCAGCAAAUCAAUGAAAGCGUGGCUCGAGUGGCGCAAGAAUUCCACCAACUAA